AUGGAUACGUUUGGCAUUGCGGUGAACGGUGUUUCGCACACGGAGGAGAGAGUAACGCCGCAUGAUCCCUUUGCUGGUCCGCUUACAUCCGUCGCUCCUUGGAACUUCAAAUUAUUGGCAGCGCUGAUGUUUAUUGUCACCUCGUUAUCUUUGUCUGAAAAUUUCACUGUAAUACUGGUUACCUUUAAGUUCAAACAAUUAAGGCAGCCUCUGAAUUACAUCAUUGUUAAUCUCUCUGUCGCGGAUUUUCUCGUAUCACUUAUCGGUGGGACCUUAAGUUUUCUUACCAACGCGAAUGGCUAUUUCUUCUUGGGAAAGUCUGCUUGCGUUGUCGAAGGAUUCGCGGUCACGUUUUUCGGAAUAGUGGCUUUGUGGUCCCUGGCUGUACUGGCCUUUGAACGGUUCUUUGUAAUCUGCCGUCCACUGGGGAAUGUUCGCCUGAGACGGAGACACGCUGCACUGGGUCUCUUAUUUGUCUGGAUGUUCUCCUUCAUCUGGACCAUUCCCCCUGUACUUGGCUGGAGCAGCUACACUGUUAGCAAAAUUGGUACCACCUGUGAACCCAACUGGUAUUCUGGAGAUUAUUCAGAUCACACCUACAUUAUCGCUUUCUUCACAACAUGCUUCAUCAUGCCUCUUGGCGUGAUCUUUGUCUCCUACGGGAAGCUAAUGAGAAAACUGAGGAAGGUGUCUAAUGCUCACGGCAGACUGGGGAAUGCAAGGAAGCCAGAUCGACAAGUGACACGCAUGGUCGUGGUGAUGAUCGUAGCCUUCAUGGUUGGCUGGACACCUUAUGCCGCCUUCUCGAUCGUGGUUACGGCCUGUCCCACCCUCCAUCUCGACCCCCGUCUUGCUGCAGUCCCUGCAUUCUUUGCCAAAACAGCCGCCGUCUACAACCCAGUCAUCUACAUCUUCAUGAACAAACAGUUCCGGACGUGUCUUAUUCAGCUGUUUAAAUGCAAUGGAAACACCUUGGAGCCGAACCCUAACCAAACCAUGGACAGAGGGGGCGGGACUGGUGAAAACAAUACAGGAGAGAUAUCCGCCAUCGCAGCCCGGAUCCCCACGGCAGAGGAUGCCACGCAGAUGGGCAGCAAGUCCAGCGACUGUGGCUCUUUUGUUCAACUUCCCGUACCUGAGAACAAAGUCUGCCCAAUGUAGUAACCAUACAGGCCACCAUGUUCACCAACCAGCUCUCUCAUCUGUGUGGACAGCACCAUGUCUUCUCCCAGUCAAAGGGUAUCCAAUUAAAAGUUUCAGAAUUUCUGAACAUUCCAGC